ACGUCGAGAAACACUAGGGCGCAAAACGCCAAAAUUGGGUGUUGGUUUUUGAAGUGGAACACUGGGAGAACCGCCACUACGCUGUCCAUUUCACCGUCUUUUCUACGCCAGCUUCCAUGGAAUCGAUGCUGUAUUCUUCCCCGACCCAAUUCUUAUCUUCACCAUCGAACCUAUUCUCCAAUCAACACAGACUAUUGCACGUACUUACUCACAGCGCCAAGCCAAGGCUCCAGCCAUUGUCGUGCACCAUGAGCCAGUCGUCUCAAACUGAAGCAAAACCCAAAGAGGCCAAGCUUUGGGGCGGUAGAUUUGAAGAGAGCGUCACAGAUAUCGUGGAGAAGUUCACAGAGUCGAUAUCAUUUGAUAAGCAGUUGUAUAAGCAUGAUAUUAUGGGGAGUAAAGCUCAUGCUUCAAUGCUUGCUAAACAGGGAUUGAUCAGCACGAGUGAGAGGGAUAGCAUUUUGGAAGGUCUAGAAGAAAUUGAGCGGCGGAUCGAUGGUGGUAAAUUUGUGUGGAGGACUGACAGGGAGGAUGUUCACAUGAACAUAGAGGCAACUCUCACUGAUAUGAUUGGCGAACCAGCUAAGAAGCUCCACACUGCUCGAAGCAGAAACGAUCAGGUCUUGACUGAUUUUCGCCUGUGGUGUCGUGAUGCUAUUGACAGGAUCAUUGCAAGCAUUAAAAAUCUUCAGGUUUCAUUGGUGAGCUUGGCUUUAGAGAAUGAGGGAUUGAUAGUUCCUGGCUACACGCAUUUGCAGAGAGCUCAACCUGUUCUAUUGCAACAUCUUCUAUUAGCCUAUGUGGAGCAGCUUGAACGAGAUGCUGGUCGUUUGCUAGAUUGCAGAGCAAGGUUGAAUUUCUGCCCCCUAGGUGCAUGUGCAUUGGCUGGCACUGGCUUACCAAUUGAUAGGUUUAUGACCUCUGAUGCCUUAGGAUUCACUGCUCCUCUGAGGAACAGUAUUGAUGCAGUUUCAGACCGAGAUUUUGUCUUGGAGUUUCUGUCUGCCAAUUCCAUAAUAGCAGUUCAUCUAUCUCGGCUUGGCGAAGAAUGGGUGUUAUGGGCUUCUGAGGAAUUUGGUUUUAUAAUACCAAGUGAUUCUGUUUCUACUGGAAGCAGUAUAAUGCCUCAGAAGAAGAAUCCUGAUCCAAUGGAACUUGUCAGAGGAAAAUCUGCUAGAGUGAUUGGAGAUUUAGUUACCCUUCUCACUUUGUGCAAAGGACUUCCUCUUGCCUAUAAUCGUGAUUUGCAGGAGGACAAGGAACCUAUGUUUGACAGUGUUAAGACUAUUGUUGGAAUGCUUGAAGUUUCAGCAGAGUUUGCUCAAAAUAUUACCUUCAACCAAAACAGAAUAAAGAAGGCUUUGCCUGCUGGCUACCUUGACGCCACAACACUCGCUGAUUAUCUGGUUAAAAAGGGGAUGCCUUUUAGAACUUCUCAUGACAUAGUUGGACGGUCAGUUGCAUUGUGUGUUUCCAAAAACUCCCAGCUUCAGGACCUGAGCCUAGAUGAGUUGAGAAGCCUAAGUCCUGUGUUUGAAAAUGACGUAUAUGAAUUUCUUGGAGUGGAGAAUGCAGUCAAGAAGUUCUGUUCCUAUGGUUCCACUGGAUCAGAGUGUGUUGCUAGCCAACUGGACUACUGGGUUACCAAGCUUGAAAUCAACCAAAACUGACCUCCUUGAUCAAACUGUGCCUGAUAUGAAUUUUUAAAGAUCAAGUCCUUGCCAUGAUCAUGCCAUCACAAAGCACUGGCUAUGCCAUCUGGCCAUUUAAGUGAUUGUUGUGUCAUCUCUAUGGAUGUAGGUAAAAGAUUUUGAGAGCAUUGUGUUGCCUAUCAGAGAUUUUAGUCCGUUGCUGUCUCUUUAUUUAUUUUGUGUAAUCUUGGUGGCUAAAGGAAUUUUGUGCAGAAUGAAGCUUUUUGGAGCAAUUGCUGCUUUUGCUAUAGAUAAAGCAAGGUUUACCUGACUGUCACCUAAAAUAUC